CUCAUCACCGUCCGCCGUGCCACAGCGGCCCCUGCGUUAUAUGGCCCCCCUCCAGGAUGCUCGCAACUCCUCCUACCCCUUCCCCAUCUCCCCUCCUCCCUCCUCCUCCAGCUCCCACCCCUCUUCUUCUCUCAGGCUCAACAUUGGCUCGCACUCUGGCCCUCUUUGGGAACCCUCGGACCAUAAGUUCUCCUCCUCACCCACUCUUGUGCGUCGGGCGAGUGCCAACGGAAAUGACAGUCUCCAGCCCUCGUUAUCCACUCGAAAACGCAUCCCUCGCUCGUCCACACAUCGCUCCAUGACCAUGCCCUCUUCAUCCAAAUCAUUACAAACAGACCCUAUCCAAGACUCUCGAAAGUCACUUCGUACUCUAUCCCGUCGUUCUUCCAGAUCGUCCACUCUCUCAUCCUCCUCAUCCUCCUCAUCGACUCCACCCGCACACCCUCCCAUGCAUCCCCCGGCCGGCAUAGGUCGCAAGGUCGCAGACUCCCUCCAGCUCUUCAAAGAGUCCGUAUCAGGCACACCCGUAACAGAGGACGCCGACCCCCUCGGGCUCCCCAGAGUCGGAACCCCUUCUCGCUGUAGAGCAGGCUCCCUUCACGCCCCAGAACAGGUCGGCCAAGCCGAAUUCGAGUUUGUCAAACGCUCAGACUGGCCCGAACGGGAGCGCGAGGCCGCUGCCAUCCGGCGCGACAAGAGCGCCAAUGCACUCGAGAGGGUGCGUACGAGGGAAAGCGCGAGCAGCGCAAGAGAGAUCUGGGACGACAACGAUGUUCGUGAGUCGUCUUCCCCACAGCAGAGGAGGAAGGACAGGACGAUGUCGUCCGUCAGGGAUUCCGUCAUGAACGACCUCGUUCACUGGCGCAACGAUGUCAUCAAGCAGCAGGACUCUCGUGGACGUCAGCGGGAUAGACCUCAGUGGUCAGAAGACCCCGGCGUCCAAGUUCAGUCGCCGACAGCUGACGAGCCAGAUAACUUUGCCACACCUUCCCUACGCAACUUGCAGAGCACCACACCUUUCCUCAGCUCACAUUCUCAGACAUUUCCCUCCUCUACGUCCCCGUCGCGUUCACCCAGUAUUCCUCCCCUACCCCUUUCAUCUGCGCAACUCGAACCUUCACCUACUCCCGCUCCACCGACCAUCCUCUCUCCCCCUCAUGAAACCCCACCCCGCGAAUCGCAUUCCCGUUCACCCACUCCCGUACGGCAUACCGUCGAUCCCAGUCUUCUCGCCUCGACCCGUGAACCUUCAACAUUCUCCGUAUGGUCCACAACAGACGACGACGAAUCCCACUGGGAGACCGCCUCCGUGACCACCACGUCCACCACCUCAGCGUCUUCACCCCUCCCCGUAUCCCCCGCCCAAGCGCUCGCACCGACCGACCCGGCGAUCACCUGGACUCACGACGAAGACGAAGAACACGCGUUCGGCGACGAUGUCUUUAAGGAUGGCGAUCUUCCGCUCGAGGGCGAGGAAGGGAGAGAACUCGUCGAGGACGAUUACUUUCCUUCGUUCUCGCAGGAACACCUGCCUCAUGUCCCGCUCAGGCCCUUUCGGAAUCAAGUCGGAGGUCAUACCUCUAUCUAUAAGUUCACGAAGCGAGCCGUCUGCAAGCCUCUCGUAUCGCGCGAAAACCUCUUCUACGAAACCGUAGAACGCGAAGCACCUCCCCUCCUCGACUUCAUCCCGCGCUACCUCGGCGUCAUGCUCGUCAACUACCGUCGCGCCCCUAAAUCGACCGAAUCCUCAAAACCUCCCGAUCGCAGCCGUGCACGUCCGCCCUUACACAAAGCCAUCUCCGACUCUGCCGCGGCGCAUAAUUCACGCAGUACCACCACCAAAGCACCCUCGCAACUCGCACAUAACGAACUGUCACCCGUACCUGAUGCGGAAUGUGAGGGCGAAGAUGGAGGUGGUGGAGGCGAUACGGAUCGUGCGGACGACGAGCAGGAGGAAGAAGCUGCUGAGAUCCCGGAAGUCGCGCUGGAUCGGAAUAGGCAUAUUAUUCCGGAGUGGAUGCUUCGUGGGUCGCGAAGCAGAGCGAUGUCGCAGUCUUCUGCGAAUACGAACGGAGGACAGACGAGCCAUCAUGGACGUCAUCUGAGACCGCUCAGGCGGUCUUUCCUAGGUGCGGCGGCGAGUAGUCCUGAGUUGGGUUCUCCAGGGGGAAGACGGGCGGGGCCUUCGAGUGGUCAUGCGGCGGGACAGGGAGGUGAGGGUGGUGGUGGAGGUGGAAGUUCGAGUCCGAGUCCGAGUCCGCUCUCUAGGUCACAGCAUCUCGGGGAUCCGAGCACGACGCCGACUCAAGUCCGUGCGGUAGAUCGCGAGUUACCGACCACACCGACGAACUCUCCGAACGUGCCUUCGCGCUGGUUGGCCGCAGGCCGUGCGUCGACUUUCAAUAACCUAGCCAUGUCCUCCACGGCGAGUACGUCGCCCACGAACGAGGACGGACGGCCGACGAUGAGGGCGUUUCAUUCGGACUUUGCGUACCCUCAAGUUCCGACUGCUCCGGGGUCGCCACUGGUGAAUGGAACAGGAAACGGGUGGUUCGGGGGGUUGGGGUCGACGACGGUGAAUACGAAAUUGAAGGAUCAUGUGUUUAAUACGAUCAUGAAGAGGUUCCGGAGGAGGAGGAGCGGGAGGUGGAAUGGCGGAGUCAGGACGGAGGACGAGGGGGAUGUGGCGGAUGCGGAGGCGGACGGGGAGGCGGACAGUGAUGGGAAUGGGAACGGGAGGGGUGUGUUGAAAGUUGGGGGAGAUCUGCAUAGGAGGAGGAGGCAGAAGAAGUUGAGCAGGGUGGAGAGGAUCAAGGCGGAGGAGGCGGCGAUGAGUGGGGGCUUGUUGGGACAGCCGCUGAGGAGGGUGCAGAGCGAGGAGAAUAUGGCGAGUGCGGAGAAGAUGAGGAUGUUGGAAUUUGAACGGGAGAGGGAGGAGGCGAGGAGGAGGAGAGGUGGCGGUGGCGGGGAAGUGUUUGAUUUCGAGGAGGAGGAUGCGCCGGAGCGGUUCGGGGCUCGUGAGACGGACAAGGUUCGGCGACGGAAGAGUCGGUCGCGGUCUCUGGAGGACAUGAAGGGCGCCGGCUUGUCGAUACAUGGCUCACCUGAACGGCGCACGAAACUCGGUCCCGUCGUCUCCCGUCCGCAUCCGCCGGACGAGCACGACGGCGCGGACCCGUUCACGCGCCAGAAUCACUUCAUCCUGAUGGAGGACCUGACCGGUCGACUAAAGCAUUCCUGUGUGCUCGAUCUCAAGAUGGGGACGAGACAGUACGGCAUGGACGCGACCCCCGCGAAGAAGAAAAGCCAGAGGAAGAAGUGCGACAAGACGACGAGCAGGGCGCUCGGCGUGAGAAUAUGCGGGAUGCAAGUCUGGAAUCGGAAGACCCAGUCGUAUGUGAUGCAGGACAAGUAUCGCGGACGGGAGGUCAAGCCAGACGAAUUCCCAAACGUGCUCGCGUCCUUCCUGCACAAUGGCGAACGGCUCAUGGCCUACCACAUCCCCGUCAUCCUCACCAAGCUCUACGCCCUCGCACGCAUCAUCUACCGCAUGAAGGGCUUCCGCUUCUACGGCUGCAGUCUCCUCCUCAUCUACGACGGCGACGGCGACGUCCAGGACGCGUACCGCUCCGCAAUGCAGGAGCACCCGUCCUCUCGGACCAAGCGCGGUGAGUCCCUCGAACGUCAGGCGCGCCGUACGGCCUCCGAGCAAAAAUCGGACAAGCCUACGCUCCGGCGGUCGCAUUCGGAGGACCUGCUCGGCGGUCCCGUCGCACAGCGCUGUGGACGGAGACGCAAGCGCGGGGAGGUGAAUAUCCGGAUCGUCGACUUUGCGCAUAUGACGACGGGCAGGGACUGGCUGCGCUAUCCGGCGGAUUUCGACCAUCGCGCGGUGCAGGAGAUGACGAGCGGGAAGGGGUACCAUGCUGAGGUCGACCCGGAGACGGGAUUGAUUUAUGCGAGGUUCCCGCCGCAUUAUCCGGAGGAACCCGAUCGGGGGUUUUUGUUUGGACUGAAGAGUCUGGCGGAGGCGUUGGAGAAGAUGUGGAAUGAUGAGCGGAUUAGGAGGAUCAAGAAGAGUAGGGACGAUCCGGAGGUGGUUAAGGAGCAGUUGCCGGCGUUGGAGGUGCAGGGGAAGGAGAUUUUUGAUGAGAUAUUUGGGGGUGGGGGGGAGGAGGGGGAGGAGGAGGACGAUGGGAUGUUGUCGACUUGAGUGUGGUGACUUCUCUUCUUGUCGGUCUUCUUCCUGCUUUUCUCGGCUCUCUCAGCUCGCGGCUUCGUUCUUCCUCACAUAUGGCUUUGGCCUUGUCUGAUUCUAUUUUUUGCGUCUUGUUUUUUUUCCUCGUCUCGUUCUCUGUUCACCAUUUUAUUUCUGUUGUUUCAACUCGUGCGGCACCCUAUCCGUUUUCCUUUCUUUCCCACCUACCUCGUUUUGUCUCACUCGACGCACUCGGAUCGAGUCCUCACCGUCUGUGUCUCACACGUAUGUACAUACAUACUUGCAUAACUCUAAUUUUGUUUUUGUUUGCGCUCGAUCGUCAUUGGCAUCUCUCUCUCUCUCUCAUUUCUCUACCAAUCGCAUCUCAUUAUCGCUCAUUGCUCGAUUGUCUCGCUCAAUCCAAUGUCAUUUCUCUCUCUCUCACCCUCUCUUCCUAUUUCCUAUCUCUCAUUUUCCCAUCUCUCUCUUCCAGUAUUGUUGCAUGCAUGCCUCAGUGUCUUGUCUUGUCUUUCUGUCUCUCCUCUUCUCUCCUCUCUCCAAAUAUUUUCUGUUUCUCAAUCUCAGUACUCAGUGCCCAAGUCUCAAAUUCCCUCAGUCUGAAAUCUUGGUUGUUACAGUAUAGACGGUUCGAAUUUUUCUCUGUCUGUGUGUGGGCGGGGCAUGGUGCAUGGUUCGCGGUUAUUUGGUUGAUUGGGAUCCUGGGAGGGUGGCCGUCCACCGAAAUAG